ACGGUAAGGGAUUCGCAUUUCCUAGAGGAACACUGUUGGAAGGCAAGGCACAGAGGAGACUGUAGUGACUUACAAUCUCUUCUGAUGGUGAGCAGUGUGCUGUGCGCUCCCUUGGUCGGGUUGGUGCGUCUCCUUGCCGUUGUCAUUGCUGUCAUUGUCAAAUAUUUACGGAGUCCCCGCUGUGAGCACAGCUCAGCUCCAGGAAGCACAGGGAGGAUGAAGAAGUGAAAGAUGUGGCUUCUUUUGGGGAGGUUGUUUGGUCUAAGGACCGAGCUUACUGCUGGAGAAGUUCAGUGAUUCAUUCCAUCGACGCGUGUGCGACCGUGUAUUGAACAGUCAGUGCCGGGUGCUGGCUCAGCGUUUCAGAGUAGCGUUGACCUGUGUACUCUCUGCUCUUAGUUACCAUCAGGAGUGGUGAUGGCAAGUCAGUCGGCUUUUUUGUUUUCAUUGCUUCGAGCAAAAUACAUGAGAUCCAUUUCCUCCAGGGAGGCUCUACCUCCUAAAGUUUCUACAACUUUUCCAAACAGUACCACCAGCUAGGGACCACGUGUUUGAACAUAUGAGGCUACCGGGGACAUUUCACAAUCAAAACACAAGGAGCAGAUGAGAAUCUCGAUGGCUUAUGAUGCAUGACCUGUCAAUGAAAUACCACAGGCAGAAAUGAUAAAGUAAUAUAUUAAAAUAACGGGACACUGUCAGAACCUAAAACAAACAAAAAAGAUGUAGGUUUAAAAAAAAAUUCUUAUUUGUAAGGACAGCUCCAUGCAGACUCACAGAUUCAGGGGUGUGUGUGUGUGUGGUGUUGUGUGGGUGUAUGGCUAUAUGUACAUGUGUGGAAGCUUGAAGUCAGUGUAGGAUUUCUUCUUCAAUGGCUUGUCACCUUAUCUUUGGAGAUGGAAGCUCUCAUUGAACCUGGCGGUUAACACUUGGCUAGACUGACUGACUGACUGACUGACUGGGAGCCCCUGGCAUCCCCUGUCUCUGCCUUUCGUCCCUGGGUACAGGUGGGUACUGUCGCCCUGGACUCCUUACAUGAGCAGAGAGAUCAGACUUAGAUCCUCAUGCUGUCAUGCAAACCCUUGCCCCUGAGCCAUCUCUCCAGCUUGAAUGAUGCCCUUUCAGACCUGUACUUCUUCCGUUGCUCUUCAGCGGCAGCCUUGGGUAUGAUCACAGACAGACAAUGCCAUCCAUGUGUUCGUUCUGUAAACGGGAGCAUUUGCAAUUCAUCUCUUCCAAAGGAGCACUGAUGUAGAGCUUGGGAAUGGUAUGUGGGCUUUACCUUCUCUAUCUGGGACAGAUUAGAAUUCUUUCUACACUUGCUGUCCCCAGGAGGUUGACAGGAACCCAACAAGCCCAAGCCUCACUGAUGUUCUGUGUGACAGAAAAAAAAAAUUACACAUUUUUGGUAGCAGGUGUCAGGGUUAGCAUUCCAUCAUAAAAACUGGGAGGUGAGAUUCGUUUCUCCCUUUCCAGGCACUGGGUAUUUAUAUGUCCUCCAGGAGAAAAUUUGAAAGAAAGAAAAAAAUAAAGGAGCCUGUUGUGUGUUGUGUCUUUCCGUGCCAGGAACACGUUGCAGGAUAGAACCAUGUGUCUAGUGUUUUGAACCAGCCGGAGGUGGUUCUUUUUAUCAAACAGAGAUAAUAUCGAUAACUUGCCUGUUUGCUUAGUCUUGCCUGCAAUGUUCAGUUCCUUAAGCAAAAACACCAAGGGAGCCGUGGCAUUUUCCUCCCUGGAGAUCUCUGCAAGAAGGUGUUCAAGCACUUAGCUGCCUGAAAUAAUUGUAUAGUGUUUUGUGUGUCUCACUUAAAACAAAACAAAGCAAGACGUAUGGAAACUUAGGAAAGUGGGUACAGUGGGAGAUGAUUCUUCGCUCUCUGCUCCAAGUUUCUCCAAGUCACCCACUGGGUAGAUUACUUGGGUAACAGAAAACAACUCUGAGUUGGCGAACAUUAGACUUUUGACUGCAGCUUAGAUCAUGUCCCAGUUUCCGUCUGUGUGGCACUUGGGCAGUUUUCAAAACAUUUUGUAUUUGGGAUGCCACAGUGGGCUUGUUAUAGUGACCUGCAUGUGAUCGCUAAGGACUCCCAGGUUGAGAGGCCAUGGGUCUUGAUGUUAGCUGUGGGUUAUUCAGUGAUGGAAUUUGGAAGAGGCCACUUAACAGCAAGUUCUGUGCCAUCCUGGGCAUGAGUGAUGAGCUAGGCCUUCUCUUAAAUGUGAUCCUUUGUCCUGCCCAGUGUGAAAAUCGGGCCCCCGUGGCUCUGGAUUGCUAGAUGACACCUCUGCUCCACUGAAUCUAUCUUACUGUAAAUGUACUGACUACUGGGGUGGGGGUGGGGCUCUCCCUGGUUAUUAUUUCCUCACUCGAACUGUUUUUUUGUUUUGUUUUGUUUUUUGUUAUUUUUUUUUAGUUAAUUUACUUCUUUGACAAUUUCACACAUGUGUUCUCCCCUUGUGAUCUCUCUCUCUCUCUCUUUCUUUCUCUCUCUCUCUCUCUCUUUCUCUCUCUCUCUCUCUCGCCCCUUAUCUCCUCUUUCCCCUUCCCCCUCCCUGUUGUUCUUUCCCACUCACCUUUAUCUUUCAAAGUUUUGUUUUAUGACCAUUUAGUUUAGCCAGUGCUAUCUGUGUGACCACUGGAUUGAGAGCCAUCCAUUGGAUCCUGGUGGGGUCACCAGUGUGUACAACUGAAGGCAGUGACUCCUCUCCUUGAAUCUUUUUUUUUUUUUUUUUUUGGUUCUUUUUUUUUUUUUUUUUUUCGGAGCUGGGGACCGAACCCAGGGCCUUGCGCUUCCUAGGUAAGUGCUCUACCACUGAGCUAAAUCCCCAGCCCCCUCUCCUUGAAUCUUAUGUGUAGGAAAUAGCUCACUAGUGAGGUGGGGUCCUCUGAGGCCUUCCUUGCAGUCUUCUGCAGUUGCAGAGAGUUUGUGAUUACAGAGGCUUGCUCAGAACAUGGCCUUUUGCAAUGCUUCUCCAUACCCUCUGCUGUAGUGCUCUCUGAGCCUUAGCACGGAUGGUGUCAAUGCUGUUGUCUUAGUUACUUUCCUGUUUGCUGUGAUAAAACACCAUAACCAAGGCAACAUACAAUAGAAAGCAUUUAAUUUGGUACUUACAGUUUCUGGAGGUUAGACUUCAUGAUCAUCACGGUUGGGAACACGGCAGUGAGCAGCCGGGUAUGGUGCUCUUGCAGGAUCUAAGAGCUCAUGUUUUGAGACACAACCAUGAGGCAGGGAUAGAGAGAGACACUGGGAAAGGUGCUAGUCUUUUGAAACCUCAAAGCAUGCCCCCAUUGAUGUGCCCUCCUCCAACAAGGCCACACCUCCUCUAAGUAGGCCACACCUCCCCUAACAAGGCCACACCUCCUCUCACAAGGCCACACCUCCCCAGCAAAGCCCUGCCUCCUCCAAAAGGUCACACCUCCUCCAAGGCCACACAUCCUCUAACACCACACCUCUUCCAACAAGGCCAUACCUCUUCCAUCAAAGCCACACCUCCCCAACAGAGCCUUGCCUCCCGCAUCAAGGCCACAUCUUCUCCAACAAAGCCAUGCACUUGCUUUCUCCAACAACGCUCCACCUCUUCCAAAAAGGGCAUCCCUCCUCAAGGAGGCCAAACCUUCUAAUCCUUCUCACAUCGUUUUAACAACUGGAGACUAAUCAUCGAAAAGCCUGUGGAAGCCAUUUUCAUUCAAACCACCCCAGUCUUAUUUAGGGCUGGCUGAGCGCUCACCUGCUGCUCGUUCUCAGUACCCUGUACAGCCACUGCAUUUACCACCCUUCAGCUCCUCCCAUUCAUGAUGGCUGCGCACAGCAUUCAUUAGUCUGGUGCCAGCUGCUGUGUUCAGGGAGAGCCAUUCUCUAACUAACAGAUUGUUGCUCACAUAGAGGGGGGUUUCUCAGCACAGUUCCUCACAAAGAUAAUUUGGCCUACAACAUUUCUAAAUUGGUACCUUUCAAAUUAACCAGCUACUGAUUUAAAAAAAAAAUGUGUUUUUAAUGUUUAAAAAUGAUCGGAGUGAGCUUGUUUGUGUACUAAGAGUAAGUACUUUUACGUAACCACACCAACCAUGCUCGUUACCCACUUCAAUUCGGCAUUAGUAAAUUGGGCUGCGUACUUGAGAGAACCAAAUGAAAUCACUUCGUUAGCCAAGCCCUUACAUUAGAACAGAGAAGCUUUCGAGUGAGCAGGACCAAAUGUGUUCAGCAAUUGAAAAUUUCUAUAAAGAAAGAGCUAACAUGUUACAGAAGAUGACUAGACUAAGUAGAAGGUUACCAGAGUAGGUAGAAGCUUACUAGGCUAGGUAGAAUGUUACCAGGCUAGGUAGAAUGUUACCAGGUUAGGUAGAAGGUCACUUGACUAGGCAUCACUUGUGGAGAUCAGCUCUGUCAAUCUGCUUUGGGAAGCUACAUUCUUUGUUUCUGAGCAUUUACUCCAUGUGAAUUCACUCUAACCAGUAUAGGCAGUGCUGAAGAAAACAGCCCUGUUAGCCCAGCUGUCUGAGGAUUUUUGCAGUAGGAGGGGACUAGGGGAAGCUGUUUCAGAACAGAGUCCACUGUGAGACUGACCACCUUGAUACAGGAGCUCCUGACAGAUAUGGCCCCAGGUUGGUCUCAAGUGAGGCUAAGAAGCAGGAUUAUCAUGGACCAUGGGCUCCAGAGUGUCCUAGUUUCAUUUCUAGUGGUGUGACUCCCACGCCCCACCCCACCCCCACCCAAAAAAAAAAUCAACCUAAGGGAGAAAUGUUUGAUGGUUGAUUUGACUUAGGAUUCAGGUCCUGCUUCAUCCAUCACUCCAGGGUGUUGGAGUCUCUGGUAUGCAGGGAGCUAGUCACGUCUUACCUGAAGGGAACAGCAGAGAGGGUGAAAGGCACACAUGCUUAGUAUGCAGCCUGGAUUUGUUUACUGGCACACAAUUUGGGACUCAAGCCCAGGGAAUGGUACCUCCCACAGUGGGUUUGUUCUCACUUCAACUCAGUUAAUGAAAGAGCUCUCCCCCUUAUCCACCGACCCACUUAUCCAAGCAAUCCCUCAUUGAGAAUCUCUGUGUGCUGGCUGGUUCUGUGUGUCAACUUGACACAAGCUGGAGUUAUCACAGAGAAAGGAGCCUCCCUUGAGGAAAUGCCUCCAUGAGAUCCAGCUGUAAGGCAUUUUCUCAAUUAGUGAUCAAGAGUAGGAGGACCCAGCCCAUUGUGGGUGGUGCCAUCCCUGGGCUGUUAGUCCUGGGUUCUAUAAGAGAGCAAGCUGAGCAAACCAGGGGAAGCAAGACAUUAAGCAAUAUCCCUCCAUGGCCUCUGCAUCAGCUCCUGCUUCCUGACCUGCUAGAGUUCCAGUCCUGACUUCCUUUGGUGAUGAACAGCAAUGUGGAAAUGCCAGCUACAUGUGAGACGGCACUCAGUGCACUGAAGUGAGCGCAAGAACCAGGGAUUAUUUUCAUCUCUGAGGCUUGAACUGUGUGUACCUCAAGCUGGACUUGAAGUCACAAUCCUUCUGACACAGCCUUCUGAGUACUGGGAUUGCAGAGCAGAGGCGUGAGAGCCGGCAUGAAUGGUCAUAUGUCCAACCAUUCCAGUGGUUAUGGAAUCUACCCUUCUCAAAUGAAUGGUUACGGAUCUUCCCCACCCUACUCCCAGAUGGACAGAGAACACUGCUCCAGGACAAGUGCAAAGGCCCUUUAUGAACAAAGGAAGAACUAUGCCCGAGACAGCGUCAGCAGUGUGUCGGACGUGUCCCAGUACCGAGUGGAACACCUGACCACCUUUGUGCUGGACCGGAAAGAUGCCAUGAUAACCGUCGAUGAUGGAAUAAGGAAGCUGAAGCUACUUGAUGCCAAGGGUAAAGUGUGGACCCAGGAUAUGAUUCUCCAAGUGGAUGACCGAGCUGUGAGCCUCAUUGACUUGGAAUCGAAGAACGAAUUGGAGAAUUUCCCUUUAAACACAAUCCAGCACUGUCAAGCAGUGGCACACACAUGUAGCUAUGAUUCCAUUCUCGCCUUGGUAUGCAAAGAGCCAACGCAAAACAAGCCAGACCUUCACCUUUUCCAGUGUGAUGAGGUUAAGGCAAACCUAAUUAGCGAAGAUAUUGAAAGUGCUAUCAGCGACAGUAAAGGCGGGAAACAGAAGAGGCGGCCGGAGGCCCUGAGGAUGAUUGCCAAAGCAGAUCCUGGCAUCCCUCCUCCUCCCAGAGCUCCUGCCCCUGUGCCACCAGGGACUGUCACACAGGUGGACGUUAGGAGUCGAGUAGCAGCCUGGUCUGCCUGGGCAGCUGACCAGGGUGACUUCGAGAAGCCCCGGCAGUACCACGAGCAAGAGGAGACGCCCGAGAUGAUGGCAGCCCGGAUUGACAGGGAUGUGCAAAUCUUAAACCAUAUUUUGGAUGACAUCGAGUUUUUUAUCACAAAGCUCCAAAAAGCAGCUGAAGCAUUUUCUGAGCUUUCUAAAAGGAAGAAAAGCAAGAAAAGUAAAAGGAAAGGACCUGGAGAGGGCGUCUUAACACUGAGGGCAAAACCGCCACCUCCUGAUGAGUUUGUUGACUGUUUCCAGAAGUUUAAACAUGGAUUCAACCUUCUGGCCAAGCUGAAGUCCCACAUUCAAAACCCGAGCGCUUCGGAUCUGGUUCAUUUUCUGUUUACUCCACUAAAUAUGGUGGUCCAGGCAACUGGUGGCCCUGAACUGGCCAGUUCAGUACUCAGCCCACUGUUGACGAAAGACACAGUUGAUUUCUUAAAUUACACGGUCAAGGCAGAGGAACGGCAGCUGUGGAUGUCACUGGGAGAGACGUGGAUGAAAGUGAGAGCAGAGUGGCCGAAAGAACAGUUCAUCCCACCUUACGUUCCGAGGUUCCGAAACGGCUGGGAGCCCCCGAUGCUGAACUUCAUGGGCGCACCCACAGAGCAAGACAUGUAUCAGCUGGCAGAGUCCGUGGCCAACGCAGCGGAACAGCAGCGCAAACAGGACAGCAAGAGACAGUCCACAGAGCAUUCCAGCAUGUCCGACUAUCCUCCAGCCGAUGGCUAUACGUUCAGUAACAGCAUGUACCACAGAGGACCACAUGUGGACCAAGGGGAGGCUGCCCUGGCUCUCAAGUCAACCCCUAAUCGCCAUGUAGAUAGAAAUUAUGACCCGGUCAAAACACAACCCAAGAAAUACGCCAAAUCCAAGUACGACUUUGUGGCGAGGAACAGCAGCGAGCUCUCAGUUAUGAAGGAUGAUGUCUUAGAGAUACUCGAUGAUAGAAAGCAGUGGUGGAAAGUCCGGAAUGCCAGCGGAGACUCUGGGUUCGUGCCAAAUAACAUUCUGGAUAUCAUGAGAACUCCGGAAUCUGGAGUGGGGCGCACUGAUCCCCCAUACACACACACCAUACAGAAACAAAGGACAGAAUACGGUCCAAGAUCAGCUGAUACCCCUUCUGCCCCAUCGCCCCCUCCAACACCAGCACCCGUUCCGGUCCCCCUUCCACCUUCUGCACCAGCACCCGUUCCUGUGCCCAAGGUUCCAGCGAAUGUCACCCGUCAGAACAGCAGCUCCAGCGAGAGUGGGGGCAGCAUCGCAAGGGACAGCCAGAGAUACAAACAACUCCCAGUGGACCGAAGGAAAUCUCAGAUGGAGGAGGUGCAGGAUGAACUCUUCCAGAGGCUGACCAUCGGGCGCAGCGCCGCGCAGAGGAAGUUCCACGUGCCACGGCAGAACGUUCCAGUGAUCAAUAUCACGUAUGACUCCUCCCCGGAAGAAGUGAAGACGUGGCUACAGUCGAAAGGAUUCAACCCUGUGACGGUCAGUAGCCUCGGGGUGUUGAACGGAGCGCAACUCUUUUCUCUCAACAAAGACGAGCUGAGGUCUGUCUGCCCUGAAGGUGCCAGAGUGUUCAGUCAAAUCACCGUCCAGAAAGCCGCUCUGGAGGACAGCAGCGGAAGCUCUGAGUUACAAGAAAUCAUGCGGAGAAGGCAGGAGAAGAUCAGCGCUGCGGCCAGCGACUCGGGAGUGGAGUCCUUCGAUGAAGGGAGCAGCCACUGAUUUCCUUGAACUCCGUUAUCCUUGGCACGGCUGUUGGAUGGUGUUGGACACUCUUUGUUUUAAGAAGCCUUGAAGGGAAUGUCAAAUCUAUUGUCUUGGUAUAUGUAAUCCAUCUCCAUAAAAGGAGACCGUAUAAUGCCUGAGUAAGCAGAGGACUUGCUGCUUCUGCGCCCACUGUUUUGAUUAAAACUGAGAAGUGGGCAGGUGAGAGGGCUCAGCAAGUAGAGGUGCUUGCUGCCAAACACAGAGACCUGAGUUCGAGUCCCCCGGGCCUACAUGGUAGAAGGCGAGAGCUAGCUUCUGCAAGUUGUCCUUUGACCACCACACAUAGAUAAAUAACAAAUGUAAUUUAAAAAAAAAUUUUAAAGAAAGUUUAAUUUAAGAAAAAAAAAACAACAGAAGUUUUAGACUGUUCUCAGGUUGGGAAAUAUUUUUUUCCCACUUUCCUAAGGUGUUUCCCCCUUUGCUACGUUAAUUAUCACAGCCUUGCUUGAUGAUCUGAGUGGAUUUGACAGUGGCAAAUGCAUUCACUACAACAGGGAAAGACACAGCCAGCGAUGAAAACGGUCUCAGCUUUCAGUGACUGGGGUGCCUGUCAUCCAGGGAGGAGGCUCAGUUAGACUACCGUCAGCCCACGUGAGGUCUGUCCUCUGACAUACCUAACGGGGGCGUAUUUAUCAUUAUUUAAAGUUCUUAAUGCCAACAGUUUUUAAGAAAUGAUCACAUUUGAAUGAACUGUACAGUAGGACACUAUACUCUGUCCCCGAGAAACUUUCUUCCCCUCAGCUCUGUUGAUUGCGAAAUCCUGCAUAGAUUAUGCUUUGAUGUAGUUUCUGCUUAUUACGUCAACUGUAAUUAAACACCAGAAAGCACAAGUUCAAAGUAAGGCAUAUGCAUUCACAAUCAGAGUAGCCCACCUUGGUGUUUAUUACAGUAUUUCGCUUAGCGAAGGCCCCAGUUAUAAAUAUUGACAUAAGUAGUCAAAGGAUAUUGGGCCAUUGUAUGUGUUUUACCUGUGUAUCAGGGACACUUAAUUUACGUGUACUCUAGCCCCACGGAAGAGUCUACAUGGAGAGAAAGCACAUCGCUAACCUUCAACAAAUGUUAUUUUUGGAAACACAGGUUUUUGUCAUUAAACAUAAUGUUAUUUCACAUAUACAAAGGAGAUGUUAUGUAAGAAUGUUGUAUAUUUUAACAUAAAUCCAUUUAGAGAGAUUAUCUAGAUUCAUUAAUUUUUCAUAGUGCCUUUUUCACAUGAGUCAGCUGGAGAGAGCCUGCAAUAAACAGUAUUUGCUGUGUAUUAAUAAAUAGCUCCUAUCUCGUCAA